AUGUCUCUGGGUGGAGGCGUCGGGGCAGGGGAGGUGCACGCAAGGAGAAAAAAGAAGGACCGCCAUGCGUACCAUCAGGUCGACGCCGCGGGCUCCUCUCAGCCUUUCAGCGGCAUGCCUCCUCCUGGGACCCCCGCUUCGUCGUUCCUGAACACUCCCGGUCCAGUCUCGCCAGUGUCUCCUGGUGGUGUUGGUGUCGGUGUCGGUGUCGGUGUCGGUGGACAAUUCAUCAACCCCCAGGGCGUGGCCCAGAUGAACCAAUUCCCCGCCCAGGCAGGCGUCGACGUCUCUGCUGCUACGCCCUUGUCGCCGAAUCCCUUCACCUCGCCAGUGCCAACCCCCGGCGCUAAUGGAGUCGGGCUUGGGCCGUCGCCCGCCUUUGUACCGGCGUCGGGUCAGCAGCAGGUAUCUCCCGACGAGAUGCCGAGCAUCCCCCUUUCGCGGGAUGCCCUCCAAGAGUUCUACCUCAAGAACAUCUACCCGACUUUCGAGAGACACGUCCCCCCUCCGUCCACGACCUCGUUCGUCGCCUUCGAUCAGGGAAACGCCUCCCCGAAGUUCGCCCGCCUCACCAUGAAUAACAUCCCGGCCACGGCCGAGGGCCUGGCUAGCACGGGCCUUCCCUUGGGUCUGGUCUUGCAACCCUUGGCCGCGCUCCAGCAAGGCGAGCUCGAGAUUCCCGUUAUCGAUUUCGGCGACGUUGGACCCCCGAGAUGUCGCCGGUGCCGGGCCUACAUCAACCCUUUCAUGAUGUUCAGGUCCGGCGGCAACCGAUACGUCUGCAACCUCUGCUCCUAUCCCAACGAUACGCCGUCCGAGUACUUCGCAGCCACCACGCCGCAGGGCGUGAGAGUGGACCGAGAUCACCGACCUGAGCUGACGCGUGGAACCGUCGAGUUCGUCGUGCCUAAGGAGUAUUGGACGAGGGAGCCUGUCGGCCUGCGCCUGCUCUUCCUCAUCGACGUCACGCAGGAAUCCUACACGAAGGGCUUUGUCGAGUCUUUCUGUGAAGGUAUUCUCGCCGCCCUGUACGGGGGAGAAGAAGAGGACGAGGACGGUGAGCCUAAGCGGCAAAUACCUCUCGGUGCAAAGGUCGGCUUCGUUUCGUUCGACAAGGACAUCCAUUUCUACAACGUCAACCCGGCCCUCGACCAAGCCCAAAUGAUGAUCAUGCCGGACCUCGAGGAUCCCUUCGUCCCCCUGAGCGACGGCUUGUUUAUUGACCCUUACGAAUCAAAGGCUGUGAUCACAUCGCUCCUGACUAGAUUGCCGGAAAUGUUUUCCACAGUCAAGAACCCAGAGCCUGCCCUUCUGGCCACCCUCAAUUCGGCCGUUGCCGCCCUGGAGAAAACCGGUGGCAAGAUCAUCUGCUCGUGCACAGCACUGCCGACGUGGGGUCCUGGUCGCCUGUUCUUGAGGGACGACGGCAAGCAUCCGGGCGGAGAAGUCGACAAGAAGCUCUUCACGACAGAACAUCCUGCUUGGAAGAGGACGACGGAAAAGAUGGUCGCGGCCGGAAUCGGUGCCGACUUCUUCCUCGCCGCCCCUUCCGGUGGAUAUCUCGAUAUCGGCACCAUCGGUCAUGUCGCCGCCACAACCGGUGGCGAGACUUUCUACUACCCCAACUUCAUCGGGGCUCGAGAUAACACCAAGCUCUCGGAGGAGAUCAAGCAUGCGGUGACGCGCGAGACGGGCUUCCAGGUCCUUAUGAAGGUCCGGUGCUCGACGGGACUGCAGGUUUCGGCCUACCACGGCAACUUUGUCCAACACACGUUCGGCGCCGACCUCGAGAUCGGGGUCAUGGACGCCGACAAGGCUCUCGGCGUGACCUUCACCUACGACGGCAAACUCGACUCCAAGCUGGAUGCGCACUUCCAGUCUGCGCUUCUGUACACGACGGCCUCGGGACAGCGGAGAGUGCGAUGCACCAACGUGAUUGCCAGUGUUAGCGACAAUGCGCGCGAUUGCGUCAAGUUCAUCGACCAGGACGCCGUCUUCACCAUGUUUGCCAAGGAGGCGGGCACGAAGCUGGCGACCACGUCGGCGAAUCUCAAGGACAUUCGGAACUUCCUCACCGAGCGGACGAUCGAUGUCCUGGCGUGCUACCGCAAGAACUUCCUCACGCAGGCGCAUCCGCCGAGCCAGCUCGUGAUGCCGGAGCGACUGAAGGAGCUUUCCAUGUACAUGCUGGGCCUCAUCAAGUCCCGGGCGUUCAAGGGGGGCAACGAGAGUACGGAUCGCAGGACGCACGAGCAACGGAUGAUCCGAUCGAUGGGGCCGCUCGAAUUGAGCUUAUACCUCUACCCUCGGAUGAUCCCCAUCCACAACCUACAGGCGGAGGAAGGGUUCCCCGACGCGUCGGGACACCUCAAGCUGCCCCCGUCCAGCCGGGCCUCGUUCUCCCGGGUCGAGCCCGGCGGCGUCUAUCUCGUGGACAACGGGCAGCAGUGUCUGAUUUGGUUCCACGCACAGACGUCGCCCAACCUCAUCGCCGACCUGUUCGGCGAAGACAAGACGAGCCUGCAGAGCCUCGACGCCUAUACUUCCUCCCUUCCCGUCCUUCCGACCCACCUGAACGCGCAGGUGCGGAACAUUCUGGAAUUCCUGAAGCUGCUGCGCGGGUCCAAGGGCAUGGCCAUUCAGCUGGCCCGUCAAGGCAUCGACGGGGCCGAGUACGAGUUUGCGCGUAUGCUGGUGGAGGAUCGGAACAACGAGGCCCAGAGCUACAUCGACUGGCUCGUCCAUCUUCACAAGGGCGUUCAACUUGAGCUGUCGGGACAGAGAAAGAGGGGAGACCACGCGACAGAUGGCGGCGUAUUGUCGAACUUUACCGGCUUACGACCAGGCUACUGGUGA